AUGAUGAACGAUCCGGCCGCCCUCGGGAUGAUCCCGUUCGAUACGAUCGGGUUGUACGAGCAGCCGAAACCGCGGUUUAUCUUUAAAAUGCCGCGCGUCGUACCGGACCAAAAGUCCAAGUUCGAAAGUGACGACCUGUUCAAGAAGCUAAGUCGUGACAGUGAGGUACGGUACACGGGCUUUCGCGAUCGUCCGAUCGAGGAACGGCGGGGCCGUUUCCGGGCGGGAUGCUGCGAGGGCCACACGGAAGUGUCGUUCGCCGCCACCGGCAUUAACCUGCAACUCGUCUUCAACCCGAACCAUGGCCUCUACCACCACCCGCACCAUCACCACCAUCACCAUCCCGCCCAUCUCGGGCUGGAAAAGGAGUGUGACUUCGACAAGGAGCACGGCAAGGUUCACAUCAAAUCCCACUUCAUCAUGAACGGUGUGUGCGUACGCUUCCGGGGCUGGCUCGAUAUGGAACGCUUGGACGGGAUCGGUUGCCUGGAGCUGGACGAGAAGCGGGCCGCCCAGGAGGAUGCGAUCCUGCGGGAACAGCUCGAACGGUACAACCAGCGCCUGCGUGACUUUGAGGACAAGCAGCGCACCUACCAGCGCACCACACAGGACGAGUUCGAGCAGAUGCGCCGGAACGGUUCCGGGAUUGGUGUCGGUGUGACGGCCGGUGCGUCCGGCAUGUGGAGACGAUAA